AUGCUGCCACACGAUUUGGUCAUUUUUACUAUUACACCAAUUAUCUAUCUAUCUAUCUAUCUAUCUAUCUAUCUAUCUAUCUAUCUAUCUAUCUAUCUAUCUAUCUAUAUUCUGUUCAUAUCUAUCUAUCUAUCUAUCUAUCUAUCUAUCUAUCUAUCCCAUUCUGUUCAUAUCUAUCUAUCUAUCUAUCUAUCUAUCUAUCUAUCUAUAUACAAGUACAGGAUUGGCUUUGCAUCGUGUUUUUGUUAUGUCAAUUCUUUCAUCCUUGCGGGUCUUGAAUUUGGAAACGCUGGAAAGUAUUUAAUCGCUGCAUUAUCCUUAGCGUCACCGGUCUGUUCAAUUGCAUAUCCUAAUCUGAUUCCAGUGUUUGUUGAAAAGUACACUUGGAGAGGAAGCAUGUUGAUGCUUGCAGGUAUCAACCUGCAGACGAUUCCGUUCGCCUUAUUUCUUCUUCUCUCUCACAAGUACAGAAAGAACAACCAAACGAAGAUCGAUGCCGGAACGAAGAAGGCGUCAAGUGAACCGAUUCCUCUGACGGCAUCAAAGACAGCUUUCGAUAUCUCCCUCUUCAAAAUUCCUAUAUACGUUGCUUACCUAUGUGCUGUGACAUUCACAUUGACCGGAUCCAAUGCGAUGUAUAGCUUAUUAGCCUCUUUUUUUCACAAGAAAGGUUUGUCUUUGAAGGAUGCCGCCAUGCUGUACAGUGUUUAUUGUGUCAUUUUUUUCGUUCCAAGGGCUUCGAUUGGAUUUCUUCAGCGAUGGAUCAAAAUCCCUUUCAUUUAUAUUUUCAUCGCAUUAUCUUUACUUUCUGGUUCGCUGUGUAUUCUCAUCAUUCAAGCUGAAUCCUACUUUGCUCUUUUAAGUUUCGCUAUCGUCUUGUCCCUUUGCCUGGGAGGUCCAUCAGGACUUUAUUCCAUUGGUACCCUGGAAAUUGUGGGAAUUGAGAAAUACAGUUUUGCUACGUCCGUUAUUGAGACUUCAUACGGAGUAGGAACGGCAGUUUUUGGUUAUUUGGCUGGUGAGUAG